GCCAUUGAGGUUGUAAGCAAACUGGUCAUCACUAAAAGGCAACAUGAGUCAAUAUGUACACGUCCCAAAAUCCGAGCUCGACGAAGCUCAGUUGCGCCAGUUGGAAGAACAUGAGAUCAGUCAAGGUCCCUUGUCGGUCCUGCAGCAAGCAGUCCGGAAUCAUGCACAAGUCCUCAUCUCGCUACGGAACAACAAGAAGUUGCUGGCUCGUGUAAAGGCUUUUGAUAGGCAUAGUAACAUGGUGCUUGAAAAUGUGAAAGAGAUGUGGACAGAAGUUCCAAAAGGAAAGAACAAGAAACCGGUCAACAAGGAUCGGUUUAUCAGUAAAAUGUUUUUGCGAGGUGACUCUGUGAUACUAAUUUUGCGUAAUCAAGCAUGAUCUUGCAUUUUCAACCAUUCCCCGCCACGUUAUUUAACUGUACUAUGGCGAGAUGUCAAAAAUGGAGUACCACUUGUUGUAGAACUAGGGGUCUUGCGCGCGAGCUGAAGUUUAGCCGCUGGUGAUGUUGACGCUCUACAGGCAGAUGGGAUGCAAUGUAUUAUUUUUUUCUACCUUUUUCUUGUUCUAGAAAGCCAACUGUCUCUAAUCGUAGCAUUCAAGAAUGAUGACAGCGUUACACCACAU